AUGGUUAGCUUGUUGAAGGUUAUGUGGAAGUUAAAAGUUCCGCCCAAGAUCAAGAUAUUCGUUUGGUGGUUGAUUAUUUCUAGAAUGCCUACUAAAGAUCAAUUGAUUAGUAGAGGAGUUACCAACAUCUCCACAAAUCAUAUUAUUGAGUUUUGUAGAAUUCAUCCGGAGACUUUGAAUCAUUUGUUUUUCCUAUGUCAAGUUUUGAAAAUGAUUUGGGGAUGGAUUCUUUCUUGGUUGGGAGAUGGCAUUCAUCUUACUAUAGAGGAGUUGAUGGACUUUGGUUCUAUUCAAGAGAAGGUGAAGAAUGCAAAUGUUAGGAAUAAGAUCAAUACCAUUUGGAUUGCUACAACUUGGAGUCUAUGGCUCAUGAGAAAUGCCAUGAUUUUUGAGAAUGUAUCUUAUUCUUUUGAUGUGUUGUGUUCUAAUAUGUUGUUCUUGUAUUGGAGAUGGUUAGCUUGUAGUAAUCCUUUGUCUUUAUCUAGCUUCUACGAUUGGUACAAGUUACCAUUGGAAUGUAGGGGUUCUCGUUUUGAUUUGGUGCAAUUUCAACAAAAAUUUGUUCUCUUUUAUCAGCCCAUAGUUCCCUUGGAUCUUUCUAUAAUGGAGAGUCCGUAA